UUACUCCAUACAGUACGAAGUACCGUGCCUUCAAAUCGUGGCUUAGCUCGUUUAUAGUUUCGCAUUUCCAUACAGAGAGAGACUCCACCAUAGACACAUAUUAUUGACCUCCCCACGUCACUCCAUCGACCCAUCUCCUCCUUCCCAGGUCAGCUAGGAAAAAAGGGAAAAUCUCGACCGUUGGACUCACAACCACGGAUUCUCCAUAUAUGACGUCGAAUUGUCCUUGAUCUGGCCUCGACAGAGCCUCCGCCAUUGCCUGCAUGCUCUCCCAGAACAACCGGCCGUGCGCGACGCUGCUCGACUUCGUCGAACGAAACCCAUGAGGGUGUUCCCCGAGCCAACUCAAAGCGCCAGCGAAUUCUUCGGCCAGAGCGACAAUGCGCCCAGAAAUCAACGGCAUAUGAUGCUCAAGAUGUCCGCUGAUGUAUCCAGCGCUCGCCCCGAAGCCAGCCACUUCGAAUCCAGCAGCGGCUACCAUCACAAGCCAUCCCACCCAAGGAGACGCGGUAUUGCUGAUCACAAAAAGGCUACACGUGCGGUUCGGAAGGCCCCAAGGCGUCGCCUUCUCCAGUAUGGAUUGGCAUUAGUAGCUGCGAGCCUCUGCGUCGCGCCUGUUCAAGCUGUCUUGGUCCCGUUUGAAAAUUGUCUCCCGGAAUCAUACAUCAACAGUGUUCCCAAGAAACUACAAUUCACACCCACUUUCGUUGAUGUUUCCUUCGAUGCAGCAAGUGAUGCACACAACCUGCUUUUCAAGGUCUAUGGGAAUGUAUCCGGAACAUAUACGAAUGUCAAUCUCCCUCCGGCGAAUGACCCUGCGUGGUCCGACCCGAAGUUUACAGAUGGGAAGAUAGAAAACCUUCCGCAACCUAUUUACAAAUAUACCACGCUAUACAACAAAAUCAAUGUUCUGACAUAUCAACCGUGGAGCCAGUUUCUCAACUUCUGUGACCAGUUGGACAACGGAGUGUGCCCCCUUGGACCGGCAUUCUCUGCUGAUAUAGACCAUCCAGACAGCUUCCCCUAUUUCAAAGUAUCGAAUAGCAUGGAUUCAUCAUAUGCUUUCACGUCCCUGAUUGCUACAUUUUUGAUCAUAAAUGGCGACAAACUAGACCCCGCGACAAAUCUCGGCUGCAUAACUACAGAAGUGACUCCGGACCUCGGCGGUAGCCUUAGCGGUAUGCUGAGGCUCGUUCCAUUUGCCGUCCUUAUACUGGUUGGAAUUGCAACUGCAGUUGCGGGCAUGUGGAGCCCCUGGGGCACCACAAACCUCUUCAAGUGGACGACAAACUACGGCAGAGAUGCUGACCUGCUGAGAUUGGUUACGCCUGGUUUUGGUGACUGCUUACAGUACAUUCAAUUCGUUGUUCUCACAGGAGGGCUUUCCCUAAGCUAUCCCGGCUUCUACCAGCCCGUCGUAAGCAAGUUUGCCUGGUCAGCGCUCAUGUUCGACAAGAGUUUCGUCACGAAAGGGGAUGGCACAAAGGCCCUCGUUGAUGGCAUCUAUGUCACGCAUGGAGCCCAUGGCCUUGAUCAUAUAAGCCAGCUCGUUGGAAUGACUGGAGUGACUGAUAUAUGGGCAGGCAUGGCCGUGUGGCUAUUGUCGAUUAUAGCAAUCGUGAUAACUGUCAUUCAAAUCGGAUUCUUCCUUCAAUGGGCUUUCCGUCGGUUCUCUAGGAUCCAGGAGGAAGAUCUACGGUCAAAGAACAUGCCAUUCACCGUCGGCAACGUCAUCCGCAUAGUCUUCAGUUACUUUUUACUACCGAUUACCACGUUCUCGAUGUUCCAGCUUGUCAUCGCUGGAAGCUCUCCCCCAGCCACAGUAGCUCUAGCUGCUCUGCUGCUUGUUACCCUCGUCAUAUUCGCAGGCUGGCUGUUUUACGUUGUUGCAUCGAGUAAGCCGCGCUCGUUUCUCUUCGAUGACCUAAGGACCGUUCUCCUAUACGGGUCACUCUAUAAUACAUAUUCGGACGAUGCGGCUACUUUCGCCCUCGUCCCAGUACUCCUCACGUUUGUCCGCGGGAUUGGUAUUGGGGCUGUCCAGCCGUCUGGAAUAGCACAGAUUGUGCUGCUGGCGAUCUGCGAAGUCAUCAAUAUCGUGGCCUUGCACGCAUUCCGACCAUUCCACUCACCCACUUCUAUGAAUGCGUAUCAUACAUUCUUCGCCGGUGUUAGAUUUACCUCAAUUCUUCUCAUGGUUGCAUUUGCACCAUCCCUCGAUGUUUCGGAUGGGGUAAAAGCAUGGCUUGGAUACUCAAUUUUAGUGCUGCACGCCAUCGUAUUGAUCUUCGGGUUUCUACUCAAUGCGUUCCAGACGAUAGUCGAGGUUGUAGCACGCCUGGCUGGCGUCGGAGUUGACGAUGACAGUGGCUUCGCCAAAGUCUUCGGCUUGAGACAACUAUCUCGACGAUUGCCGCGCGGCGCAUACUCGAAGCAAAACCAGUCCUACAAUGGUGCGCAGUUGGUUGACCGCAAAUCGCCACAGUUAUCGAAUGGUGGCUUAAGGACCCAGUCGGCAAGCAGUGGGCAUAUUCUCUUGGAUGGAGCUAGACCCAUUGAUAGAAAUAGCAGCGCCUCAAUCCAGCCUACGAACAUGGACAGCUAUAGUAGCUAUACUCCAACGACGGUUCAGGAUGGAAAUGCAUUCCCAUUCCUGCCAUCCGCAGCAGUCCUGGCAGGACAAAAGGAUAGAGGUGCUUUAACCCUCAACACUGUUGACACUUCAGAUCCUUACUAUCGACCACCUCGAGCCCGUCGACCCACCAUAGACGCCUACAGUCCUGGAGCUAGAAGCAGGGGUUCUUGGGCAAGUGGCGAUUGGGGAAUGAGAAGGUCGAGCCAGCCCGAGUCAUUGACAGCAGGCGACCCCUUUGAAGGCCCCUCUACCUCUGGUCGCGAAACCCCCGUGCCCUCAUACAUGGCCGCCCAGAAUCAGCAUGCCGACCGCCCCUCCCAAGAACACAGGAGGUCCCAAACGGAUUACACGACGCGCGAAGUCGAUUUCUACUACGGCGUCCGCGGACCCGCACUCAACGCCAACGUGCCGAACCGCAGACUGCGCACUGGACCAGUGGACCCCACGAACCCGGUAACCGUUGCCAGCGGCUGGUUCAAGAACCUCCUCGGCGGAAAGACCAAGGAGAAGGGGAAGGGCUUCGAAGUCGUCCGCAGCUCGCGCAUGCCUCCGGGGAUGGCUGACCCUCGCAACGGGCCAUCGCCCGAAUCUCCACCCGAGGGCAUCCCCAUCGCCGCCACGGGCGCUAUCAGGCGCGACUUGGAUAACGACGAGCCUACGAAUGUGGGGGAGGGGAAUGAGAUGAUGGUUGGUGCCAAGUCGCCGUUGUUGUCGAAACAUGAUGAUGAUGAUUCGGAUGACGAUGAUUUGGAUGAGGGGUUCGAGAUGACGCGUAUCUCCGAUGCGCCCCCCUUACUCCCCGAGCUAGACCGCGGAAAGGGGUUAGAGAUCCCGAGUCGCUUUCCUAGUAAGGCGAGCUCGAGAAUGCAGCAGCCGCCGCUUGUGGAUGAGGAUAUUCCGAUUCCUCGCAAGAGCUCUAAGCGCGCGUCUCAGCAGGGCUUACAACCCCCUGAUGCCUCGGGACAAUCGUCCUUCGUGUCCUCCUCACCAGGUACUUCGGCUCGAGGCCAGAACGGCGAUCACACGGGCCCCUCCUCGCACUCCCGCAACGACUCGGUGGAGCCGCCGCUGAUAAGUCUUAAUGACGACUCGCUCAUGGGGAAUCUGAAUGACCACACGCGCCAUGAUCGCCCGACGAGCAUGGGCGUCGUGAGGAAUCAUAGUAUCCGCGUCACGGAUCAGGGGUCGGAUGUGGAUGAGGUGCGGAGUAGUGCUGCGGAGAUUGUGAGUCUGAGUAGCCAGCGGUCGAGGGAGACGGGGCGGUCCGUGAGGGACUGAGAUGGUGGGAUAAUAACUAACUAAUACUCUACUAACUCCUACUACUUGGGAUGAUUUUCUCUUCAUUUUUCUUCUUCUUCAAAUUUUUUGUACAUGCGGCGGGAUAGGGACGGGGGGAGGGAAUAAGGGUUCACGAAUCUCCUUUGUUUUCGUCGGAGAGGGAGAAAGCGGCUGGCGGAAAAAAAGUUCUCCUGGGCGCAAAAACGGGAG